GCGUUGCGAGUGCAUCGCCUUUAGUAUCGGGUCGCGUUGCUGCAUGAGCUGAUCGUCUCGUGUUUCGUGUUUCUAAAAAAAUAAUAAAUAAAACCCAUCAGACCCUUUCAUUUCCAUUGAUGUGCGUGAUUUGAAUUGAAGCUUAAACAUAUAAAAUGGCGAGGCGAAUUCCGAUGGAAGAAUUGGAGAAUAUGACGAAAACGGAGAGGGAAAAGUACCGUUACUUCGUUACCGAGUUUCGUCAUAAAGACCUAAUAUCGGCAGACAUCACUUCUAUGUUCCCCGGAGCUCCUGGGGAGAUGGUACUGCAAAGAACAGCUGAGAUGAUGCAGACAGCCACGGCAGCACGUCUGACUGAAGAGCUAGCUGAUAAUUGUGACCUCCUCCAGUAUGGCUCCUUGCAAGGUGACCCAACUUAUCGUAUUCAGAUGGCCAAGUUUCUCACAAGAAUAUACCAAAGCCCAGUCCACAGUGAUAACAUCCUGUGCAGUGCUGGAGCUAGCCAAGGACUAAACUUUCUCUCCACCCAUUUCUUUAAGAAAGGCGAUCUAGUUUUUGUAGAAGACCCCACAUACUUCCUAGCCCUUACAGCAUUCCGGCAUGACCAGCAGCUUAAUGUUGUAGCAGUUGCUAAGGAAGAUGAUGGCAUAGAUACGGAUGAUCUAGAGGAGAAGCUUUCAGAACAUCUUGGAGAUCGACCAGCAGAAGAUAAAAGACCGUUUCGUAGUUUACUCUACCUCAUACCAUGCUUCCACAAUCCAACUGGGUCAUGUACAUCUAUAGAAAAACUGAAGAAUAUCGUUAAAAUAGCUCGGAAGUAUGACUUACUCGUGGUUUGCGAUGAUGUCUACAAUAUGCUGUCAUGGCAACCGGCUGAUGAAGGCAGUCCCAGGAAAUUCAAAUCCCCGCCUCGACUCUUUGCCUACGACAACCCCGCCGAUUGCGACUUCAAGGGCAACGUGGUAUCCAACGGCAGUGUGUCCAAGUUCCUUGCACCCGGACUGAGGCUGGGAUGGAUCGAGACUUCAGAUCGCAUCAUCGACCUCAUCAUGAAGAAUCAAUACUUGGACAGCGGUGGAUCGUUCAAUCAUUUAACAGGAGGAAUUGUGGGUACAAUGCUAAAGAUGGGACUUGUCGAUACACAUCUAGACUAUGUGUGCAAUCAUUUUAAGGCAAACGUAGAUGCCAUGGCAAAAAUUUUCAGAGAGGAAAUGCCACCAGGAGUUAAAUUCAACACACCAGAGGGUGGAUAUUUCUUCUGGGUUGAGCUUCCAAAGAGUGUGGAUAUCACCAAACUAUCAACUCUCUGCAAAGAAAAAUAUGAAAUCAACUUUGCCCCGGGUCGCAACUUCUCUUCGAACCCCAAAUUUGAGAAAUGCAUCAGAUUGUCUUACAGCUACUACCCUAAAGAGAGACUGGCGGAUGGCGCAAAGAGAUUAUGCCAAGCCGUCAAAGAAGUGAUAGGGCAAGCAUCCUAGAACCAUACCCAGCUGACAGAGAGAUUUGUGCCUCCAGGGCCCACUGUCUUACAAACGGCUGUCAAUGGAUCCAAUCAACCUCGACUAGUAUGGAAAGCCAACCUUGCCAUAAUCUUUCCUACAAACAAAUUUGCACAAUGUCCUUUGUAAACAAAGAGGAACACACUGAAUUAUCAAGACGACAAUGGAUGUAUGAGUAUACUUCAUCAUCUCGAAAACAUAUUGAAUAAACAUGCAUUUUAAAUGUAAGUGUUGGUGGCUUGCCAUAGUUGUGGUUGAUCUGGGGCCCGUCUUACAAAGAGUUGCAAUUGAUCUGAUCAACUGCAACUAUGGAAAGC